AUGAUAGAAUAUCCUGUUAGGGAAUCGAGCCUGAAAGGUGUGGACCCGGAAUCGUUGGAAGCCACAAACCCAUAUGUCAAACUGGUCAAAAACCAGCGCAUCGUCGAGGUUCCGGAACUCGAGCUGGAGUCGGGAGUUGUCCUCAAGAACUUUCCUAUUGCAUACAAGACGUGGGGAGAACUGAAUGAAAGAGGAGACAACGUGAUUGUCGUAUGUCAUGCUCUGACGGGCUCCUCCGACGUUUCGGACUGGUGGGGCCCGCUGCUGGGCCCUGACCUGGCAUUUGACAUUUCGCGGUUCCUCGUUGUUUGUUUGAACUCCAUGGGGUCACCAUAUGGAUCAUUCUCUCCUAUGAACAUCAACGCUCAAACCGGCGAGCCAUAUGGACCUGAGUUUCCGCUUUGCACAGUACGUGAUGACGUGCGCGCCCACAGAAUUGUACUUGACUCCCUGGGCGUGAAUUCUAUUGCAUGUGUCGUUGGCGGUUCUAUGGGCGGCAUGCUUGCCCUCGAAUGGUCUGUCACGUUUGGAAAGGCUUAUGUGAAGAAUAUGGUGGCCCUCGCCACCAGCGCGCGGCAUUCCGCGUGGUGCAUAUCCUGGUCUGAAGCACAACGGCAAUCAAUCUAUUCUGAUCCAAAUUACCUGGAUGGAUACUACUCGCAUGAAAACCCACCAGUGGUCGGGCUCGCUGCAGCCCGUAUGUCUGCAUUGCUAACUUACCGUUCGAGGAAUAGUUUCGAGAAUAAGUUCUCGAGACGUUCGCCGUCUGUGGCUCAGCAGGAAAAAUCCAACAAGCAAUCGGUAAAGCUGAAGCCUUCUAAUCUGCAGGAACACAAUUUGUCCAUUCACAACGACGGUCACCGCCGGUCGAUCGCUCAGGAGCGCAAAAGCAGUGUCUCGAGUGAUACAUCAUCCAAUGAUUCUUUGAGAUCAGUGUCAUCCUCCACAUCUACCUCCUCAGUUGUAACUCUGUCCAAGAACUCGCGGGCCAUCAAACCGGCCCAGACGUACUUCUCAGCGCAGAGCUACUUGCGCUACCAAGGUAAAAAGUUUAUCGACAGGUUCGACGCAAAUUGCUACAUUUCCAUCACUAGAAAACUUGAUACGCAUGACCUAGCACGGGAGCGCUUCGAGUAUGAGGAAGACCUUGAUCGGGUGCUAAAUUCGAUCGAGCAGCCUUCCUUAGUAAUAGGUAUCAAGUCUGACGGUCUCUUCACAUACUCCGAGCAAGAAUAUCUGGCUGCCAAUAUUCCAAAUUCGAGGCUGGAGAAGAUUGACUCACCAGAGGGACACGAUGCUUUUCUACUGGAGUUCAAACUUAUCAACGAACUCAUUAUCAACUUUCUUAAAGAAAACGCUAAGGAGAUCACAGAAUCUCCUCCUCGUCUUUGGCAAGACUUGGGUGAGCGCGAAAUUGUAAAAAACUCUCUAUUCGGAGAAGCUGAGGAGGUUACCAACUGGUAA